AUGGCUCAGGCCCUCAACUUCGCGUACCGCCUGGCAGUCCCUGCUGCCGUUGGUGUCGCGGUGCUGCAGUCGUCUAUCUACGAUGUCAAGGGCGGAAGCAGAGCCGUCAUUUUUGACAGGCUAUCGGGUGUUAAGGAGUCAGUGAUUAACGAGGGUACCCAUUUCCUUGUGCCAUGGCUGCAAAGAAGCAUCAUCUUCGACGUGCGCACAAAGCCAAGGAACAUCGCCACAACGACUGGCAGCAAGGAUCUUCAGAUGGUCAGCCUGACCCUCCGCGUGCUGCAUCGACCUGAGGUUCAGGCGCUCCCUAGGAUUUAUCAGAACCUCGGCCAAGAUUACGACGAGAGAGUUCUCCCCUCUAUCGGCAAUGAGGUCCUCAAGUCUAUUGUCGCGCAGUUCGAUGCUGCAGAGCUAAUCACGCAACGUGAGGCCGUCUCGGACCGUAUUCGUUCCGACUUGACCAAGCGCGCCUCCGAGUUUAACAUCGCCCUUGAAGACGUCUCUAUUACUCACAUGACUUUCGGCAAGGAAUUCACUAAGGCCGUCGAGCAGAAGCAGAUCGCUCAGCAAGAUGCCGAGCGCGCGCGCUUUAUUGUCGAAAAAGCUGAGCAGGAACGCCAGGCCAAUGUUAUCCGCGCCGAGGGUGAGGCCGAGAGUGCCGACACCAUUUCCAAGGCAAUUGCCAAGGCUGGCGACGGCCUGAUUCAGAUCAGAAAGAUUGAGGCUAGUAGAGAGAUUGCCCAGACCCUCUCUGGCAACCCCAACGUCGCCUACUUGCCUAGUGGCGGCAAGAAUGGAAGCCAAAUGCUGUUGAAUGUUGGACGUCCGUAA